AAUGCAGCAACUAUUAAAAACUAGUGUCGUCUGCUCACGAUGGUUUGUGCAUACAUGUAUAUCGAUACACAUGCUACUUUUGUGACUUCGUCCACGAUUUACUGAGGUUCAUGCUCAGCUCAUUUAGUAAUUUGACGGAGUUUCCAAGUUCCCGCAGAUAUGGAUGGCAGUAGUGACACUGAAACUAUAGUUGAGGAAUCUGUGGACCAGUGCGACUCCCCUUCCAUCUUAACCGGACUUUCUCAAAUCCGCCGGAUGUCACAAACUCAUCAACCAUUAAAAUCAAGAGGACUGCUGGAGAAGAUAAGCCGAGCAUUUGUUACUUCAGCAUCUUCUCCUUCAGGAAAAGAUGAUUCUGGAACGCACAGUUCAAGAGAUGAUACCUCCUUUGUUGACUUAUCCCAGUCUAGUGAAAAGUCUCAGUCAAUUUUCACACAAAGGGUAUCUGCCAAGCGUAAGUCCCCCAUCCUCACUGUGCCACCGUCUUCUUCACAAGGUCCGUCACUGAAGAUACCAAGAUCUGCUGAUGACUCAUUGAGCAUUGAUACACACCUUGCUGUGCAGAGUUCCAGCUUUGGGAUUCAAGCAGAUCAUGGCCAAGUUGCAAGUUUCUCAUCAUCCCUGGCACUCCUUCUGAAUGAACAAACUCAGGCCACUGUCACCAACAUCUCUCCUGUUGAACAAAAAAUCACAUGGCGACCAAACCACCCUGAGGCCAGCCAAUGGCAGACCACAAAUUCAGUUACGGUUCCUGAAAGAACUAAUCUUGUCAAAGAAGGAGCUGAUCAACUGGGAGUUCAGGAACUUGCCUCAAGAAACAGGAGUCCUGGCCUGACAGAGGCUACACCUCCUUCAGUUCCAACCCUGAGCCAAAGACAGGCAAUAGCAAUGCCUGAAGCCAUCGAUUCAAAUCUCAUCACAACUCUGCCCACCCUCACACCUCUUAGCCCUGAAGCCCAAGACUGCCAUACAGUUUUUAGCUCAACGUCUCUGCUUCACCAGGGGUCAUUUCUUAAAGUUAAAGGUUCCGAGAAGGAUGAGGAUGACGACUCCCUUUUUGAGGUGGAGAAGAUGCAGCGGGAGAUUAGAGAAAAGUUGAGCAGUAAGGAUGCAGACGUUAAAUAUACUGAGCAAGUCAAGAAGAGUUUACAAGAUGUGCAGGCAAGACUGCGUCGCCUUAGUGCAAGACAACGGGAUCACAGACACCAACUAAACAUCAAGUUGAAACAGCAAGCCACAGCUCCAAGCAACAAACAGCAACAACAAGAAGCAAGAACACAGCUGCAGAACAUGACAAGAAGGCAACAGCAUCUUCUGAAGCUGCUGCAAUCACACAAAGAGCUCACUGUGUCUCUCCAAUGGAUGCAGCAUGCCAAACAUCCUCUGCCUGUGCAAAACGAAGUGUCUGGACAAUCAAGGAGUGUUAAUGAUAGUACCCUGGAGGUUGAGCCAACUGGCACCAAACAGUCAUCUUCACCUAAAAUUCCUUCAAUCAACUCUUUCCUCCCUGAUAGAGAAGCCAUGCUGAUGUCAAACGAUAAAGCAGCUAUUCCAGCUAGUUCCAAUCCACUGUCUGCUCAAACCUCUGGGACCAAGAUUCCAAGCAAACCAGCUUCUGAUAUUUCCUCUGGCAGAAAUUUUAAGCCACCAUUCAAAGCUAACACUGCCAAAAGUCCUAAUCAGCCUGUACCUCCAAGCUCCUCAUACAUUACGCUUAACUUACAAAGGGAUGAGGCAAAUUCAGUCUCUGUCGCUGAUAUUCAAGACAGAGCUCAGUCCAUUCCUAGAUCUGCAGUCAGAGAUAAAUCACCGGAGCCCAUCACAGAAGAGAAGAUUAGCCCCAAGAGUCCCCCAUAUUUGCCAUGGUUGAGCCCAGAUAAAUCUUUCAUAGAACCAAGCAAGGAGCAAAGUAAGGAUAGUCAUCAGGCAGCAAUUCCUCUCCAAACCGAAGGCUUACCAGUUGCCUUGGUAACUGACCAUUAUGCAACAAGUCAAGGUACCACACUACCGCCAGGGUUUCCCUCAGAGCCCCUCAGCAUCACCCAUCUGUCAACACAAGCUGGAAACACAACAGAAACAGCUCCAUCCACCAGCAGAUCUCCUGCCCUUGUUUCACCAGUUCCCAAGACUCCUCACCAAUCUUCAAUACAGAUUUCAACAGUUCCAACCGACUGCAAAAGACAUGGGGACCAACUGCCGACACAACUGAGCAACAAGGAUCCAGGCUCACCAAAAAGCCUAAAGGCCCCGGGAUCCACUCCAUCAAGUCAACCAAGACAGAUGGUUGUGUAUAAAAUCAACGCCAGCACUGUAAAAGACCUUCAGAAAAGAAAUCCAUCAAAGACUUCCUUGGAUGCAGUAAUAGCCGGAAUGCCAGGAUCAUCAAGCACAGUUCAAACAUCGUGUCAAGUUGACAGUGUCACCGGCAGCACACAGCUUUUGAGUAACACCACUUGUUUAAGUUCACCUUCAUCAUCAUGCUGCACCGUGGCAGCAGCCACUCGCACCAACAUUCCAUCCAAUAGCGAUAUACUCUCUCCUCCCGGAACGGUUGAAGUAACCACCGCUGGUCUACAAUCCCAGAUGGAUGUGAUGACCCAAGGAGAGGCCACCGGCCUUUCUGCAUGCCAAACACGGGCACCGAGCGAUCCCCAAGGAACAGCUGAAGUGCAGGCUCAGACAGGUAGCCAGGGAAGGACGACUGUGGUAGAUUCUUCAAGCCAGAAGAACAAGACUCUGCCAAAUCACAACAGAAGAGCCCACAGUACCGAAGAGGAAGUUCCUUCCUUGCAGAAUUUACUUCAAGAGAGACUCAUCCAGCCAGGGGAAAAUGUUCUGUUGGUCAAGUUGAAAAGGAAAGCAGUGAGUGCCUCACUCACUAUAGAUGGAACAGUUCGCCCAACAACUGUGCUAAAGAACUUCACUUGUGGCUCCCUGCACCAACUAGUAUCAAUGGUGCAACACAAAUCAAUCAGUUGGAUCAGAAAGAACCCAAGUAUUUGGAAGUCUGUCCUCUACAAGGAUAAGCCUUUGGAACAGCUGCAUGCUGAUUACAAAGCUCUACUUGCAAGAGACCAUCAGUUUCAAAGUCAACAGGUUGCUGUCAAGCAAAACACACAGGCAACAGCCACCACAAACAUGAUGACCACCCACGCCAGUGUUCAUGUGCCGCCUACUUCAGGAAACCACACUAGCUCCGCCCAUGCACCUCCUAGGCGGCAGACUCUUGUCUCAACAGGUCUGGAUCUCUCCUCCCAGAGUGGUGUUAGAGUGGCGAGAAGUAGUGACCUUACUUCAGCUGCAGAUUGUGACAUCACCACAUCGCUAAGCAACAGUUCUCCAAUCAGAGCAGGCCUUGCUUCAUCGAUGGAGAAGGUGCUUCUUAUUUCAGACGGUGAGCUGAUGCCAGCACCUUGGGGGGUCUCGUCAGACAACACCCAGAAUUCUUCCAUACCCCAAGAAUGGAUUGAUGAGAUUGACAUCUGGACUUAAAAUCAUCAAGAAAGUUCAGGUGGUAUCAA